UUUCCCAGCGUGCUUCGGGAGCCCUGUGAGUUGGGCGCGGUGACGUCGGGGGAGGGAGCUGGCCAGUGCUGAGGGGCCGAGCCCGGGGCUCUCCCAAGUAGUCUCAGUCAGCGCCAGAGCCUCGGGAGCCCAGCACAACUCCCGCCCAGGGUCAAGCGGCUCAGCUUAGCCCAGCUUGUCCCGGCCCGGCCCGGUCCGGGACAUGACAGCCUCCGCCUCUGGGGAGCCGCCCCUGGCGGAGCUGCGGGCCCCGCGCGGGCCCUGAGCGCGCCCAUGGAGCGGGACGAGCGGCCGCACAGCGGCGCCGCGGGCUCCUCCGCUUCUCCAGAGCCGCCUCUGGCUCCGACCCCCGCGGCGGCUCCGGGAGCAGCCUCGGCCCCGCGCAAUGGGUUCUGUCAGGAUGACUCUGUUGAACAUGACCCAGCCAAUAUUUCUGUUUCAGAUGAUCGAGCCGAACAAAGAACGUGUCUUAUCUGUGGAGACAGAGCUACAGGGUUGCACUAUGGUAUCAUUUCCUGUGAAGGCUGCAAAGGGUUUUUCAAGAGGAGCAUUUGUAACAAGCGGGUAUACAGAUGCAGUCGUGACAAGAAUUGUGUUAUGUCCCGGAAACAGCGGAAUCGAUGUCAGUAUUGCCGCCUGCUCAAGUGCCUGCAGAUGGGGAUGAACAGGAAAGCAAUCAGAGAAGAUGGCAUGCCAGGAGGCAGGAACAAAAGCAUUGGGCCUGUCCAGAUAUCAGAGGAAGAGAUUGAAAGAAUUAUGUCUGGGCAAGAAUUUGAGGAAGAGGCAAACCAUUGGAGCACCAAUGGAGACAGUGACCAUAGUUCCCCUGGCAAUGGAGUUUCUGAGAGCAACCAGCCUUCACCAGUUUCUACACUGUCCUCAAGUAGGUCUGUGGAGCUGAAUGGAUUCACUGCCUUCAGAGAGCAGUACAUGGGGACCCCAAUGCCCCCACACUAUCAGUAUAUACCGCACCUUUUUAGCUAUUCCGCUCACUCGCCUCUGCUGCCCCCCCAAGCCCGGAGCCUGGACCCCCAGUCCCACAGCUUGAUUCAUCAAUUGGUGCUUGCUGAGGACCUGGAACCCCUGGGCACACCCAUGUUGAUCGAAGACGGGUACACUGUAACUCAGGCUGAGCUGUUUGCGCUGCUUUGUCGCCUGGCAGAUGAGCUGCUGUUCAGGCAAAUUGCUUGGAUCAAGAAGCUGCCAUUCUUCUGUGAGCUUUCAAUCAAGGACUAUACCUGCCUCCUGAGCUCCACAUGGCAGGAGCUCAUUCUGCUGUCAUCCCUCACCGUGUAUAGCAAACACAUCUUUGGGGAGCUGGCAGAUGUGACAUCCAAGUAUUCACCAUCUGAUGAGGAGCUGCACAGAUUUAGUGAAGAAGGGAUGGAGGUAAUGGAGAGAUUGAUCUACCUGUAUCGAAAGUUUCAUCAGCUGAAGGUCAGCAACGAGGAGUAUGCUUGCAUGAAAGCCAUCAACUUCCUCAAUCAAGAUAUCAGGGGCCUAACAAAUGCUUCACAGCUGGAGCAGUUGAACAAGCGGUAUUGGUAUAUUUGCCAGGAUUUCACCGAGUAUAAGUACCCUCAUCAGCCAAAUCGUUUUCCCGAUCUAAUGAUGUGUUUACCAGAGAUACGAUAUAUUGCAGGAAAGAUGGUGAACGUGCCCCUGGAGCAGCUGCCACUGCUUUUUAAAGCUGUUCUGCACUCCUGCAAGACAAGUGGGAGCAAGGAAUAAGGCCCUCCCCCCCCUCCCUCCCCCAGCCAGCUCCCUGCCCUAUCCCCUGCCUGGGGGGAGCGCAGGGCUCACCAAGAGAAACAGGAGAGCCGAGACCAGGAUGGAGGCAGCUGAGCACUGCCCCUCUAGCAUAAAUCUUUUUAUUUGUUUGUUGUUUUUUUUAAAACUCAUUUUCUAUAUAUUUAUUUCACGACAGAGUUGAAUGUAUGACCUUCAACACAAUGCACAUACUUCUGUAUGAAUUUAAAGAUGCAUUUCCUUACAGUUUACAGAAUGUGAGAAUGUUUAAUGUUACAAUGUUGUCAUUAAUUAGGUCUUGUUCUUCUUUAUAUUUGAGGGGUGGGGGGGUGGGGGGAGCUAACUAUUUCAAUAGUGUUGACUAAGACUACCUCAAGGAAAAGGUGGUAUUGAAAUACUGACUUUUCCAUUAUUUUCUCAGCAGACCUCACAGGUUUGAGCUAGAGAGCAAACUGCCUUUUUCUACCAGCAAAUACAUGCCUUCCAUCAAUCUUGGGGAGGUCAGUUGGGGUUUUUUUGUUGGUUAAUUUUUUUAAUUGAUAUAUUAAACAUCUCUGAGGAGGAAGGCCUUUGAAAUGAACAUAUCGUAAGAAGAGUAGAUUUGAAGCUUGGAGGUCUUCUAGUCACAGAAUAUUAGAAUUGGAAGGAAUCUGAGAGACCGACCAUCUAGCCCAGCCCAUACAUUGACCCAUAUUUCUAUCUAGCCUCCUUGUCACUACACCACAUUGGCUCUCAAACUUCUCCCCAAUUCCAAACUCCUCUUUCUCGCUUCAUUGGAGGAAGGUAAAGAGCAGAGAAGCAGAUGGGGGGGAAUGUCAUAAUCUUCUCUGCAUUUUUGUUCAGUGGCCAUUUUAAAUAGAUACCUUUUCAAGGAUUGUAAGAAUUUCUCAAAGUCUUGCCUUCUCUACCAGAUUGGAGAUCUAUUGGGACAGCCAGCCAGCCACUCCUUCCUUGGCUUUGGAGUAUUGCACUGUUUUCAUCUGGGCCUUGAUGAUGAUCAGCAAAUUCCAUUGCAGUACUACAUAACAAACAUUUAAGUACCUCCUUCGUUCAGAACUCUGAAAAGAAUUUAAAUUAGACACCACACUUGCCCCACGUGGAAUUCAUUUUCUAGACACCAAAGUAAAGUGUUACCUAAGUGAAUGAGAAGAGAAGAAUAGAGUGCUUUGCAGGGAAUUAUCUUGAACACCCAACAAACAUUGAUUAAAUGCCUUCAAGACCUCCUGCCCAUACACUAGGGAUACUCUGCUUGAUGGGACACUAGGCCUUCUCUGGCACAGAUAAGAAUUCUCCUAGGUAACCAUCAACCUGCCUCAUCCCUGGCCUGGCCUGGAGUGUCUUACUGGCCAAUCACCAAAACUCUUCUUACUGAGGUUAAAAAGAUACAUAAAGCUGGGACCACAUUUCCUUCAAGCAUUUGGACUUGAGGCAAGAAAAUGUGAUUCCAAACAAAUUAUUGUCUAAGGUAGUGAAAUCUCUUGUCAAUUAUUUAUACAGAGAUUGGAUGCUUAUAUGGAGGUGCCAGGAGGAGACUCCCCCUUCAGAUUAUAGUGGACUAAAUAUACUCAGAUCCCUUCCAACUCUACAGUUCUGUGAAUUGGGUCAAAAAGCCCUAACCAAUUUUUCCCAUGCUACUGUCCUGCUAAAUGUCCUAGCCAGGGAGGUUGUGACUCUUUAAACUACCUCAUAAUUUUCAGGAAAGGUCACAUCCUCCAUGAGCUGGGAUUAACAGAUUUUGGAGCUCCCCAAACUGCCUGCAGAUUCUGGGGUGAUGAUUUGUCCCAGGCCCUAAACUAGCCCAGUUUCCAUACACAUUCAGGGUAAGCUUUCUCCUGUGUGAACACGGGCUUAUAUAUAUCUCUUUCAGUAGAAGGCCAUGUUUGCUCUCUUGCUCAGGCUUGCAAAUCUUCCCAGGUGACCUGUUCCUCUUUUCUGGGUAGUCUGUCCUGGACUUUGUAAAGGAAUUCUUUGUAAUGGAAUGAGAUGUUACGGGUAUAUAACCACUGCUGGGACCAGCAGAACUGUAAUGUUAUAUUUCUCCCUGGUUUGGAAAAUUAGAGUUUCCCCAAUAGCAUGUGUUCCCCAAAUCCAGUAAGCACAUAUGGCUCAAUAUCACCUUUAAUGUGUAUGUAUGUAUACAAAUAUGUGUGUGGAUGUGCAUAUGUAUAUAUGUCUGUGUGGAUGUGGAUGUGUGUAUCCACACACGAUUCCACGCUUCAUCAGGAUGAAUCCUGCCUCCACAGUAUUAUGAGUGGUAGUGGCCAAAGGUGUUUCUCUCAUGAUAGUCAGCCUUCUGGCCACUUAGCCUGGCAUUCCAAAGUUGAACACAGCUUGUUUCUGGGCCCACCUUUGAAAUCUUUAACACACAGGCCAACCAGAGCUUGAAUGCUAAUGGCAGCCUUUAAGGACUCAGUAUCAGAAUGGGACAUUAGUAGAAAACUCAAAUGUAUAUGUAUAUACAAUGUGUACAUGCACACACCUGAUUAUCCAUGGGAAGAUUUCUGUUUGGUUUGUUUAUUUCUAAGCUUGAAAUGCUUUCCCCGUUUUCUUGACUUGAAUUUUGCGACUGUGAUCUCCUUGUAGGCAGGUUAACACUCUACUUUUUUCCUCUCUGGAGCAGGAAGAGAGGGCCAUUAGCAAUUCUGAUCAUUACUCCUGAUGAGUGGGCUCUGGCAGCUUAAGUUGAAUCUUUGCUGAUGAUCUUGCCAAAAUCCAUACCUCACCUCCCUCCUUCCCAUUAUCACUUGCUUUUCUGUUAAACUGAGCUUUUGCUCUAUCUGCUUACAGUUUCAAAGAAAAUUAUUCUCUAGCCAAUAAGAACUUACUGGUCCAAAUAAUGCAAUAUUUAGCAGAACAAAUUGUUCAUUUUUGAAGGGAGGAGAAAGGUUCUUGAGUUGCUUUUGUGCAAAUGCUUUUUUGCCAAAUGCUGAUUUACAGCAAAUUCCUUGAACAAAGGCCCCUUCAUUCCUGAAAGGAGAAGAGUGGAGCAAAUUGUGUAAGGAAAUGACAGAGUACCAAGCUGGAGCCUAACCUGUGGACAGCCGCUAAUGUCUUCUGCACCAAGUCCUUUGAAGACUUGUGUUUUUAAACAGGGUAAAGUGAAUGUGUUGCAUUGCAAACUCAGGUAUUAUGAUAAGAAGGUAGAAGUAUAGCUAGCAAUGUAGAGACAUUAGGUCAGCCACUAGAUGUUUUUGUGAAUUUGGUUUUGAAGGACACAAUAUAAAGGUUGGAGGGGUGUGUGUGUGUGUGUGUGUGUGUGUGUGUGUGUGUGGCCAUUCUUCUAUUAAUGCAGGAAGCCUUUUUGCCAGUGGAAGAAAAAAAAUCUGAGUGUCUCAGAUCCUUCUCUCUUUUGCCACCAACAGCCAUCACUUGCAACAAAAAUUUGCUGCAUGAAAAUGCAAUUAGCUGCAUUUUCCUUGAGUUGUGCUGAUUUUUUUUCUUUUAAUUUCCUUUGUCCCGAGCUAAGAUUUGGAACUUCAUUGCUCAUGCUUCGUGUCUGAUUCAGGGCAAUUUUGGCCAUUAUCAAACUGGCUAUUGCAUAUCUUAAUAAUGCCAUCUUCUAAGGUGAUACUUAGGUGUCUUCCACACCCAAACCAGGAGUCUUACCCUCCAAAGAUUAGUACAACAGUACCUAGUUUCCUCUUCCCAAAACACUCCCCUUAAGAAACUAAUAUCCUGCUUGCUUAUGACUAGACACCAAACUGGUCCUGGUAAGAAAGAAUAAUAAUUCGUCCCCUUCCUGCAGUACUUUAAGCCCUGAGUGAUAGUGUGUACAUUUUAUAAAUGGAGAAAUUAAGCCCCAGAGAGAACAUAGGGCAGUAGAUUUAGACCUGGGAUGGACCUUAGGAGAACUAUCUAAUCCGUACCUCUUCGUUUGCAGUUUUGGAAACGGGCUCAAAGAAGAAACAGUAAUUUAAUAGGGAGAAUCUAUAUAUGAACUCAGAAUUUAAUUGCAAAUUAAGUAUUCUUUCCACAGAAUUCAGGUCACUCCAUUAGAUCAUAUAGGAAGUGAAAAAACUAACCAACCCUCAAAUCUAUGGCUCAUUGAUAACUCAUCCAUUGCUCCUCCCUCCCCAUCUCUCUCCCCACCCCCAAUUCACAACUGCAUUCCUGAUAAUCUUCUAAAUGACCCCUGCUCUCAAUCCUCCCUGGAAAAUUGGAAAGAUUGAUUUUGGUACUCUUUUUGCCUUCUAAAGUAUUGGUGUGGGUUUGAUGCUCCCAGAUAAGUAGGCCCUUAUUGUCUAACACCUUUCAUUCACUCUCCUUAAAUUCUUCCCUGGGUGUGCCCUUGACCAGGAGGGCAUUCCUCUUUACCUCUACUCCCUCAUAAUCUGACAAAUGAAGUUUGAGAACCAUCCAGUAAUAAUGCUGCAAUCUUGGGCAAGGAUUUUAAAACCCCAGGAAAUAGAGAACUGCCUUACAAAACCUCUUAUUUCCUGGCUUUUUGUUUUUAAUUUCCUUGGGGGAUGGUCGCUUUAAACAAUCAAGUGAUUAAAAAAGUGGUCAGGCCCAUCUGCUUCUCAGGUAUCAACAUACCUAACCUGCUAGAGCCCUUACCCCAACUCCAUCCUCCAAUUGGCCAGAAUCUCUUCUUCAAAUCCUAGAGGUGCCACAUAUCAUAGCUUUUGUUGUGUGUCUAGUCUAUAUUACAAAGGCUUUCUAGUCCUAAUUUUAUGGUUCUGAGACUGAAUUCUACUACCAUAGGUCAUUCCCACCAUCUCCUAGUGUCAAUUGGCCUUUCUGUAAGGUAAACUAGAUGAUUUCCAAUGUCUCUUCUACCCCUAAAAAUCUAUCAUCAAAGACUAUACAAAGAUGAAUUCCCAUAACCUAUGAAUUAAACUAUAUUAUACAUGGGAGGAAUUGUCAAAACCGUAGAUAUUUUGCAGCUUUCCCUUAAGUGCAUCAGGAUAUCAUUGCUGCUUUCUAGCAAAACCUGUGCUACCUUUACUUUAUGUUAAAUAGAUGAGCAGCAGUUCCAAGUCUUUAACUCAGACUCAGUGCUGGCCUAAUUUAGGCCUAUUAAUCCAAGAGUGGACCGCUAGCAAAAUGUGUGGGUGGCCAUUUUUCCACCUUCAUUUUUAUUUUAUUAAAUUUUGUGUUGAGAAACCAGACCUUCCAAAUAACUUUUUUCUUAAACUUUAAUUUUUUUCUCUCUCUAUUAACUUUUUAAAACUCUACCUCCACCCCCAAAUAAGAAAAAUAAUAAAAUGAUACUACUCACUUUCACCUUCAGGAUUACAUCCUUCAAUAUUGUUCAUCCUUUCUUCCUUUUUAUUUUGGCUGGAGGUUUCAAUACUAGUCAACUGUAAAGAGGUUUCUGUGUCUGAGGAAAAGUGGCUUUCUGCUCUGUUAGAGGCUAGUAGAUAGAGGAAUGAGGCACUCAGUGACAGAAACUGAAGGCCAGUGCUGACAUUUCGGGGACUUCAUGUUGUAGGGUUUCUGGGGGUGGCCUGUGUCAAGUGUGGCACAGGCAAAAGCUCAGGGAUAUAUGUAUUUAAAUACAGGACCCACAGAAACCCUCAGCUUGAUGUGACUGCAGUAGAUGGCUUUUUUCCAAGGUUUUUUACGUGCUUCAAGAUCGGAACAGGUUACCUAGAUUUUCCCAAACUUAUUCUAAGCAACAGCCCAGAGUUAUCCCAUGUCCUCUGUUUGCCUUCUAGGUGGAGUGGCUUGGGUUUUUGGGAAAGAAAUGUAAUUUCUCUUGUUUUUUGGAACCUUCAGAUUCAGAAGCCUUUCCAAUGGACUAGCAGGCUAGGAAAGAAGUUGAAGGUAUGCCUAGUCAAAGAUGUGGGGAUGGUGGAAAAAAUCCUAGGCAGGUAUGGAAUAUAUGGUGAACCUAUUUUUAGGGCUCGGGUUUUCUUUUCUUUUCCUAGAGCUGGGAUUCUCAGGAAAACCUUUGUUAGGGAAACUGCCAGCACUAGCUUGGCCACCUUUCCAGAGAAACUCUAGCCAAAUACAGUGGGAACUGAACCAAGACAUAUGGGGACAUCCCCAUCCCCAACAGCAUCAGAAAGUCAGAUCCAAAGUUAUCCAAUAAUUCCAAAGCCCUUAAGAGAGACCGGGUUAAUUCUAAGAUUACUCUGGAAAGUCUCAUGACCAGGGAAAAUUUUAAUUAGAAUGGCCUACAAGAUUUAAGUUUCUCCUCUUGGAUUUGAUUUAGGUAACUUGUAAAAAGAAAGGCUCUUCUCAUUUUUGGCUCCUCCCUGACUUUCCAACUUAUAAGGCAGGUAUUAUUAAAUAGUAGCUCAUUUGUUGUGCUCUUUGAAAUGACUUAAAUGCAAGAUAACUAAAUAAGCUUACCCAGGGUCAUACAGCCAGCAAGUAUUAGAACAGAUUCAAACCCAGGUAUUCUGACUACUCUUUAUAGUACACCAUACUACUAUUCAAUCUGAGAUUUGGAAAACAGCCUUUGUCCUUGGGAAGGGGUUGAUCUCUCUCAAGGAUCUCUGUCUGUCUCUCUCAUCCCAAUCAACACUAGGCCAAAAUCACUAAGACUGGGGGGAAUAGCCCUUCUUUCCUAGUCCUUCAUAGCCUGUGAAAAAGCAUUGUACCAGUGUCGCCCUUGGUUCUAAGCCAGUCACAGUAGUCAGCUUUAGCUAUGCCAGGUCCUUAUGUGAUUAUUUUCUUUCUGUAAAAUGUUUCGUAAUAGUUGAUAACAUUAUUGACUCAAAUUUCCAUAUAAAACAAACUACCUCUUAUGUCUAAGAAUGUGUGGAGAAAGAAUACUGUGAUUUUGGUUUUGUUUACAUGUUUCUUUGGGGGGAAGAAGGGAGAUAUGAAAUCCAAUAUGGGGGUAGAAAUGUUUUUUUUUUUUUUUUUUUUUUUUUCUGUGCUGCUGCUCUGGAGGUGAAAUGUGAUGUUUGCUGAUCCUGUUUGCUCCCUCUCUCACCUACCUAGACCACCUUCCCUAGAGUUUCUGUAACUCUAGGGCCUAGAGCAACUGGGCCCAGAUUUUCUCUGGGAGAGAAAAUCUAGGUGGUGAGGGAAGGUAUCUAACCCUUUACUUUCUAGGAACCUACCUUUUCUUGCCCUAGGGGCAGGUGUUCAGGCAGAAGCCAGCCAAGUUGAAACCAUCCUCAACUGCAUUAGCAGUGUUGGGCACUAAGAGGGUGCUUUUUGUGAAGCCAUUUCUGUAGCGAAUGUACUCGCGACCCUACUUGUGUGUUUACUUGGACCCUCCCACUGUGUACUCGUGACAGAUAGGGGGAGAAAUGCCUGGAUUGGCCCCUGCCCUGCCCCCGCUGGUCUCCAGCCCUAGCUUUUGAUUUUACCUUCACCUUGACUUGUGGCCAGGCAGCCCAUCCCUGGGGAUGGAUCUGGCUCUCUGGAUCACCACCAGCUUUGGGUUGGUCAUCUCUCCUUGGAAGCUGCACUGUGUUCCUCACUUCCAGGGUGGUCCCCUGUGUAAAAUCAGGCUUCUGGGUCGUCCCUUCCACAGAACUCCCAGUGAGCGCACCCCAGUGAUGUGCCAUGGUGCAGAGCUGACUUCCCCACCCCCACCCCCACCUUUGGGAACUUGUCCAAUUUCACUUAGACUAUGACCAAGCGAUUGUUUAGCAUUGCAGGUGCUAAGGCAGAUGGCCACUUUGGCUACCUCCCUAUCCAGCCCUGCUCUGUGAAUUGACUACCUGUGGAAAUGUGACCAAUUAGUGUUUAGCAAGUGUUAGAUAUUUUAACUAAUAAAUGUGAAUCAUUCUGCACACA